AUAUUUCGUUGACAUUGACAUUACGUUGUUAUCAAACUACGGUUAUCACGACGUGAUAUUUGAGAAUCUCGAAAGUUGAACUAUUUAUUACAACAUUAGUAAUAAUAAACACGUUAUGUCAUCAGCAGAGACCCAAGUCGACGUGAUGCUUGGACUAAAGAAUGUGUUGACGAAAAUCGAAGCCGCCGUCUCUAGGCGAAGCAAAGACUUGCCUCAAAUUGCACCUAGGUUGGUAGCUGUGUCAAAAAUAAAGCCGGCUGCAUUAAUCGCUGAAGCUUAUGAAGCUGGUCAGAGACACUUCGGUGAGAACUACGUCAACGAGCUGGCAGAAAAAGCUGUUGAUCCACUCAUUCUGGAAAAGUGCAAAGAUAUAAAGUGGCAUUUCAUUGGGCAUUUGCAGACUAAUAAAAUCAAUAAAUUAUUAGGCUCACCAAAUCUGUUUAUGGUUGAAACUGUUCACUCUGAGAAGUUGGCUACUAAUUUGAAUAAACAAUGGCCUAAGUACAGGAAGAAUGAAGAGAAGUUACCUGUUAUGGUGCAGAUCAAUACAAGUGCUGAAGAAGCAAAAAGUGGCAUUGAACCAUCAGAAACAACAAAAGUAGUUGGACAUGUAUUAGAAAACUGUCCCAAUCUGGAAUUCAAAGGCUUGAUGACUAUUGGUCAAUAUGACUAUGACACUACUAAAGGGCCAAACCCAGAUUUUCUGACCCUUGUUAAAUGUAGGCAGGAAGUAUGUGAAAAUCUCAAGCUUGAUAUAAAUGAAGUUGAAUUGUCUAUGGGGAUGUCUACUGACUUCGAACAUGCGAUUGAGCUGGGAGCAACAACUGUUCGAGUUGGAUCAACUAUCUUUGGUGCUAGACCAGCUAAUUAUAAACAUGUAGCUUGAAUUAUCUGUAGAUCAUAAUUGUUAUCUCAAGUUAUUUAAUGUUAAUAGAUAAUUUAUCAAGAAUGAACAAUCUAGUUCAAAUAAGUUUAAGGACAAUAUUGUUUUAAUGAUAUAGAUUAUAAUAUUAAAUGGGCUUCCGAACAUAAA